CACCCCAAUUCUCCCAGCCGGAAACGACAAUCAUCCCGGACCUUCUAUACUUCCCUCGGUCUCGGCCCAUAUACAUCCUUCGACUACUAACUCAUCAUACCUCGACUUUUGCUUCCGACCGUCGUUCGCUUUUGGCCGAUCUCUUCCGCACUGUAAUUUGUUUAGUGCGGGUCUAAAGGAUUGAAUACCGUUACGACCUGUUCAAACCUGGGACAUCACUGUCAUUGCUGGUUAAACCUCAGGACAUACUGUACCGGAGGUCCAAGUUCAACCCGUUGCAUUUGAUAGCUAGGGCGCCAUUUUCACUCAACCGGACAAUUGCAAGACGUUGCAAAACCAAAAACUUCAGUCGGUGUCUUCUGGGUGGAUCCUGAAGGGCUAGAGAGAUUUUCCACUUCAUCACCUUCGCGCCGUACGACCACGAUCGGGGGAGACGGCGACCCCGAACUGAAUUUCUGCGAGGAGAGAGUUGCUAGGAACAUCAUUGUAAAGCUCGGGUUGAAUUUUAUACGAAAUGCCUUCACGUUUAACUACUCCUGUCGUCACUGUGGACACAGCAAAGAUCCACAAAGUGGACACGGCCAAUGCGCAAAGCCUUCAUGGCAUGUGGAUGGUCUUUUCGAAAUGUGCAGAUUACAUGGAAGAGGGCCGUCGUCUUGAAAACCUAAGUUGGAGACUAUGGACACGUGAGACUUUUUGCGUGGAGCCGGCGGCGUCGAGCGAAGCCUCGGUUUUGCCACUCCGUCAGGAGUCCGCUGACAUGCCAGAACUUUCUGCCAGUGUUGAAUCUGCUGCGUCUGAGCAAGCGGAGAGAAUUGAGCACCAUAUCAAGCGCCCUAAGUGUGAUAUCAAGCCUGCCGUUGUCCGUGACGAUUCUAUGGCAAGUCUCGGCCGUGGAAAAGAAAAGCAUAUUACCUCGCUAGGUCUGGAACGCAUGGUAUUGAAUAUUAAAGAGAAGAAGAACCUCGAACCUAUCUCGUCCGUAAUGGCUACAGUCUCGCCCCCUGUCAUUGAUAUUACGCCUCGGCCAUCUACUCCAACCCCUACCCCUCCCUCUGAGUCAACUGCGAGGCGGACACCCUCGCCAUCUCCGUCAUUUCCUGUCAUUCAACAGCCGAAUCAUUCUACCGAGUCUUGUUCGACCACUGCACCAGAUUGUAACGAUAGUGAUGCUGCUAAUGCUAAUGCCUCCGAUACUAGCGUGUCUUCCUCAGGAAUCCUUCCAUCUCGAUGCGAGUUGAUCAAAUCUCCCAGCAUUAUCCGUGGAUUUUCUCCUUCCCUGAUCUCGUCGUCUUAUCGGUCGCAGCCUAAAAUGGCUGCUGAACCCAGCCCCGCAAAGGCUUCCGCCCAACUAAAGCCAACGCCCUUUAAGAAGAAGGGUGGGAUGUUUACAUUGGGUGGUUCUUCAGGUGACGACGACGAGAGCUCCUUCGAGGACCGUAUGGCUUUGCGUGGUCCCCAUCGCAGUUCUCUGUCUGACGAAUUAUCUAAGUCGGGGACUAUGCAGCCUAGUCCUAAAAAGAAAGUCACUUCUUUCAAGGAACAAGAUGGCACGAUAAAGCCUGUUAAGGAGCCCUCUGGAAGCAAUGAUGAGGAUGCUGUUGAGAGCGAGGACGAGGUUGACGAGAGUGCUAUUGAAGAUGAGGAUUCUGACUGGGAGGACUCUAUCACUGAGAGUGGACGUUCGAGCCUCGACGAGAGAGACAUGUUCCAGCGGGUUGAUUCAAGGCCCAACCUUGUCUCGCGACGCUCCCUCUUGACAAUGAUGAUGCACCAGCCAACUAAAAUGGGAGCCCCUACUCGCUCCAGUCCAGCCUUGCAACGGUCGCGCUUGACAUCACCAAACGGCCCAUCCAUCCCCGCCUCACCGCCAGAAGACGAUGAGGAUAACUUGACGAUGCGUGGCCCCGGUGUCCCUCGAUCGAAACCGAUAGUAAUGAAGCCUGCUCCGCAGUCAGUCGCUCACUCCCCGAGGACCACGCGACGGAACAUGCUUGCUACCGAACUAACGGAGUCACUUCGACGUCAUUUACUUUGGGAGCGGCAGCAGAAGAGUGCGACUGCCAAUGCCUUCCUCAAGCGACGACACACUGCACAUGACAUGGCGAACUUGCAGGAAUAUCCCAAUCCUAAGGGCGCACAAAAGGGACAGGGUGUUGGCGUGUCCAACCCUGGUGCAGCCAAUCAGAACAAGGACAAGGAUAUGGCGAAGACAGCUUCCUUCAAUCAGUAUACUGACUUUGGUCCGUGGGAGUACCACGCCAAGGGUUGGUAA